AUGGCGAUCACAAUUCCUUCUUUACCGCUGCAACACCGCGACUUUGUGCAUCAUGUUCAAUCGCAUCCAGACACUUCCGUCGGAGAAUUGGUGAAACCUUUCAACGAUUUUGAUGCCUUUGCAAGAAAGAUUUUUGCGCAGAGCUCUUCGGAAAUAUCGGCCAAAGUCGGCUGUGUCAACGUUGUCCCUUUAUACAACGAGACAACUAAAGAUGCUGACAUUCGAGUUCGAGCAAGAGAUAUGACCACCGAGAGUCCUGAGCAAAAGGAAAAGUACCUGCUUCCUCUUCCCUCUAGCAAGCGUAGAGCAAAUGGUUCUCCUGCUGUGGUGCCUACUCUCGAGGAGUUUCAGAAUAACUUUGCUCUCUUCACGGAAGGUGCUUUGAGCGACAUGGAUUGGAGCAAUGUCGUAGUGGCUGGAUCUGCGGUUGUUACAUCUUUACUUCCCGUGCCGGAGAAGUACAGAAACUCCAAGCGUGGACUGCGCCAGUACUACCACGAAGAGUUUGCUCCAGCCUCAGAUGUUGAUCUAUUCCUCUACGGGCUGAACGAGGAACAGGCGAUUGAAAAGAUCAAGCAGAUUGAGGACAAAAUCCGAAACACAAUUCUCUACGAGACGACGACAAUUCGCACAAAAAACGCCAUCACCAUUGCCUCCCAGUAUCCCACCAGACAUGUACAGAUUGUCCUCCGUGUGUACAGUUCUGUGUCUGAGAUCUUGACGGGUUUCGAUGUCGAUUGUUCUUGUGUGGCCUACGAUGGUCAACAGGUCUUUGCGUCUCCUCGAGCUAUUGCCGCUUUCAUCACCCAGACCAAUCAGAUUGACCUGACGCGUCGUUCACCAUCGUAUGAAAGCCGUCUUUCCAAGUACUCUCACAGGGGGUUCGAAGUGUUUUGGCCGCUACUCGACCGCUCCAAAGUCGAUCCGACCAUCUUUGAAAGAAAUUUCAACAGGACAGAGGGUCUAGCAAGACUUCUUAUUCUUGAGAAGCUACCAAGGCCAGAAGAUCGAGACAACUACCUGACCAAGAGACGCGAAGAGCGAGGGCGACCUCCAUUGAGUCUCUACCUCCGCCGCCGCCAAGGGCGAGAGCUGCGCGGAAACAUCAAAGACGACUGGGAGGAUGAAGUUCCAGACUGGCAGGAAAACGAUCAAAUAUCGGAUUAUCAUACUUUCACAAUUCCAUACGGAAGAAGAUUCAACGCACGCAAGAUCGAAAAGCUGCUUUACACGAAAGAUCUCUUGUUGAACGCGGAGUGGAAUCAGGAUCGUGAUGUCUACCUCCAUCGUCACCCUGCCUUUUUCGGUGAUGUGGAGGACAUCAUCGGCGAUUGCUGUGGUGCUUGUCCACCGGCAGUCACUGAAGAAGAGCUUAAGAUUGCCGAGGAGGAGAGCAAGAAAUAUGUCUCUGGCGGCAUCAGCUUCAUCAAAGACAACCCUGGCCGGCAAGAGAUCGGUAGUUUCAAUCCAAUCACUGACACCGAUUGGACAGCGAUGGCAUACAUUGGAAGCACAGAGAUGCUUUGCCAGGCCAUCGUCUCGCAUGAUCUAGCAGCCGUGCAGUCAGUGCUGGAUGAAGGUUUGGAUCCGAAUCGCCGGGAUUAUACCGGUCGCACUCCGCUGCAACUGGCUUGCAUGUCCUCCACGCCUGAAAUCGUCCAGUGCCUCGUAGAUCAUGAUGCCCGCCUGAUCUCAAGAAUGGCGGACGGUCAAACAGCAUUGCACCUCGCCGCUGCUCGAGGCGCAUCCGAGAUUGUCAGCAUCUUACUGACGCGAAGCCUCAAGAAUCAGGAGUCCGAGGAUGAUACCAAAGAGAACAAAUCUGCUCGAGAGAAAGGUCAACGCGGGCGCGGGGGCAAGAACGAAGUCAAAGACGGCGACGAAGAUGAAGAUGAUAAUGACGGCGGGAAUGAGCAAGCCACCAGCGACGCUUCGCAUACAUCUGCCUCUUACGUCAAAGUGGACGUGGACAAGAAAGAGGACACUGGUGUCACUCACGACACCAUUGACGAGAAUGAUGCGGAGCCUGAUAUCUACGAUAUCAAUGUUACUGCAUGGGACAAUCUCGCAUCGCCUCUGCAUCUCGCAAUUCUUCAUGGCCACGUCGAAACAGUCGAAACGCUCGUCGCAACAUUUGGAGCCGAUGUUCUGAUGCCGAUCAAGAUACGCGAUGACUACAGCCAGCAGGCAAAAGCUGCAAUUCUGACCUUGGUUUUGGCCCUUGCCCUCCCUCUGCAAAAAGCGAAAGAGAUGUCGCUGGCUCUUCUCAAGCUCGGCGCCUCUCCAGCUCAAGGUGACAUCAAUCGUUUCACGUCUGUUGACUUCAUCGCGCAAACCGACUAUCUCGAGCUCAUUGAUUUGUAUCUUGAGCAUGAUCGCCCAGCAGUGCAGCGAGCAAUCAAUCAUAUUGUUGUUCAGGUGCAAUCAUGGUACGGAUCAAAAGCAGAAGUCUGUUCCCCACUGGUGAACGCCUUGUGUGCCAAAAACGCGAAAGGUGCCACGAAGCUCUUGGGACUAGGGGCAAAGACAUCCUUCAGCCUCCAUGACUACCUGGACGCAAUGAAGUCGCAGAGCAAGGCUGACAACUACAUGGGUGAUGAGCAGAGGCUGGUGCAAAUGAAAAUCAAGCAGCCUCUCAUUCACGCUAUCGAGCGCGAGUUACCGCUUGUCGCCAUCGAGCUGCUCAGUCGUGGAGUGGAUUUCAAUUGUGAAUUUGAAGAAAGCUACAAUGUAUACUGGACUGCGCUGGACGCUACAGUGCACCGCUUGACCGAAUUGAAGAGAGAAUUGGAGCCAGUCAUUAACCGCCGAACACUAUAUGGCGUCCCCGAUCCCGUCUUCUUCGAGAAGCCUGAGCAGGAAUAUCUCACAGGCCUUGGACCGGACACCUACAAGCUUUUCGGUGCGAAAGGCUUGAUCAGCAAGACGAAGACGGACAACGAAAGAUACGAGAAGGAAAACGAACGUCUUGACGCUGACGAGGCCCGAUUGGAGGAAGGAGCAGCAAAGAAGCGAAAGGUCACAGAAUCACUAAUUCGGAAUUUCGAACUCCUCAAGACCGAUUUGCUAUCCCGGGGAGCAAAAACCUGGGCUGAACUUCAUCCCGGAGAAGGCUCGAACUCCAGACAAACCUUCAGACAAAACACGCGGCAAUUCAAUAAAAAGCCCGCAAAGCCUUUCGAGCUCAAAUUGUUCGGCGCGGUUUUUGCGUUGGACGACAUCACAUACGAGGGACAUGUGCAAAUGUUUGAGGCUGCGUGGAGAGGAGAUCUCGACACUAUCAAGUCGCUCACGCUACAUAUGUGGGGACCAAAUGCGGAUCAAAAGCCCUUGAUGAUUUCCCGAGCUGAUGUCACAGGAUUGUCUUGUCUUCAAAUCGCGGUCAUGCGCGGUCAUCUUGCCGUGGCGAAGGGAAUCUUGAAAAUUCUUCGAGUGCAGCACAAAGUGAAGGAAUCUGAAACCCGAAAGCGGUUCGAAAUUGACUCGGACACGGACGCCGACUCAUCUGACGACGAAGAUCUCAGAAUCACGAGCCACGUCGUGGAUGAUCGAUUCACCCACGAGAAUAUUGGAGAGGUUGCAAGCAGUGUUGAGAGCGACGUGUCACCGCGACAGGCACUGCAGGCAUAUUUCCCAGUCGAAGCUUUCGCGGAAGAGCUUAUCGAGAAAGAGAAGUUUUCUUAUGUUGGGAUGAACACGUGGAGUGGCUACACCAUGAAAGUUGGUACACUCAUCCAAUAUGCCAUCUACAAGAACGACCUCGGCUUGCUCGAGUGGCUCCUCAACGCUGGACAUGAGUGUGCGAGCGCCGAUCACUCCGAUAAAAACCCCUUCACACUCGCGCAGCAGGAUCUGCAACUUGCGAUCAUUUUGGGUCAUACAGAGUGUCUGGGAUUGAUGAUUCGAAGCACUGCUGUCGGGCUUCCUCUGGCGAACAUUAGCAGUAAAUCUGGAAUUGCCGCUCCUGAACGAUACUACCAAGGUCUGUCGAUUCGCGGACAAAAGCGCAAGGACUGGGCGAGUGCUGGUCGGCCUGACAGUGUGCCGCAGAGGAGUGGCUUCGAUGAGGGUGGCCGCUCGCCAGUCCUCAUAUCUGCCACAUUGGGUAAAUUGGCCAGUACAGAGUGGUUCUUGGGCACCGCUCCUGGGCGCUACUACCUUGAGUAUGUGAAUCAGCACACUGAAGACGAAGCUGUUCAGAGAUUGUGCCAAUCUCAGCUGGGUCUCGAAGCUUCUGUUAUGCAAUGGCUGCAGACUCGAAAUGAGUUGAUCCUCCAUUGCGCUGUUCUUUCCCACCCAUGUGAAGAGUCAGAGAAGCUGGUGCAGUUCCUGGUAGAUCAGCACCCAGAGUGUCUUGAAGCUCGCUCGUCCGAGGGACAUACGCCUCUGGCCCUUGCAUUCUCCUUGCAGCGAAUAAGCUUCGCUCGCAUCUUGAUCAAAGCUGGGGCCAAUUUGGCGGUUCGGGAUAAAGAGGGUUGCAACCUUCUUCAUCUCAUUCUCUGUUCGCCUCGAUUGGGCACAUGGCCCAAGCUAGCUCAAGCUUCGGCGCUAAUCGAGAUGAUUGACAAGGAGCAACUCUCUGCCAUGUUGAUGCAGCGCGCCGGAGAAGGAUCCAGAACACCUUUUGCGAACUGGGUUCACAAGUGUCAGGCCCUCAGUCCCUUGGAGCCCCAACCCAAUGAUUCCAACGAGCCCACAAGCUGGGAUGUUGCGCGCCAGAUCACCCAUCUCAUCCUUGAUCUCGGUCAAUCAUCAAACUACAAAUUCCUCGAGCUUCUCGACGGUGCCGGAAACACAAUUGCCCAUGACUGUGUCAAGCGAUGCUUCCCCCAAAUUCUCGACUGCAUCCUCGACCGACGGCCCGAUCUCCUCUAUCGUGAGAAUGCUACUGGAGCCACGGCUCUCGAAAUGGCUGUCGCCGCUUGGCUGAACGAAACCACUCGCAACCCGCCUGAAAUUGCUUCUCCGGGAACUCGUCGGAACCAUCACUUCCAUCAGACCCCAAACUACAAGUUCAAGAGUAACUCCGCCGUUGAGAGUGAGAAGACGCGGUCACAGAUCAUGAUCGAGGCUUGUCAAAAGCGGGCUACGAUGAACCCUGCCAAGAGACGCCUUGUCACCCUCUACGAAGCGAAUGAAGUGACCAAGCGACUGGCGGCGAUGGACAGGAGCCGUGAGAAACGCGAGGAACGCGCAGAUCAUUCGGGACGCGGCUACCGCACCUCACGAUUUGGGCGUCGAUAUGGUCGUUAUGAUCGUUAUCAUGAGGAGGCGGUACAGGAUAUGGACGAGGUCACUCUGUGGGGUGAAUGGGCUGCGCAGUGGAGGUAA